AUGUCUCCUCACGAAAGCCUCAAGGCGACCUUUGCCGCCCGCGCGCAGACAGCCACCCACCCCUUGACCGCCUACCUCUUCCGACUCAUGGACCUCAAGGCGUCCAACCUCUGCCUCAGCGCUGAUGUGUCGACCGCCCGCGAACUCCUCCACCUCGCCGACAAGGUCGGACCUUCCAUCGUCGUUCUCAAGACACACCACGACGUCGUGGCCGGCUGGGACUUCAACCCGCAAACCGGCACCGGUGCGCGCCUGGCCCAGCUCGCCCGCAAACACGGCUUCCUGAUUUUCGAGGAUCGGAAAUUCGGCGAUAUCGGCAACACGGUGCAGCUGCAAUACGUUGCUGGGUCAGCGCGCAUCAUUGAGUGGGCCCACACAUCAACGUCAACAUGGUUCCCGGCAAGGCCGCCGUCACGGCCCUCGCCGAGGCCGAGGCAAAGUGGCGCGAGCGCUACCAGUACGGAGGUCAAGACGUCCGUCACUGUCGGCACGCCGAGGUCCGAGACGUUUGACGAGCACGAAGAGGAUGCCAUCCCACGAUCAACCGACGAGCCCCGCGGCGGGUACCGAGAGGAGGGCCGUAAGGGAAGCAUCGUCUCUGUCACGACGCUGACGCAACACUACGAGUCGGCCUCCUCGCCGCGCUUCCCCCGCAGCGAGAUGCCUGGCGACGACAUUCUCUACGCCGGCAUCGAGGAGCCCCCCAUGGAGCGCGGCCUCUUGAUCCUCGCCCAAAUGUCAAGCGCUGGCAACUUUAUGAACCAGGAGUACACACAGGCCUGCGUCGAGGCGGCGAGGGAAAACCGAAACUUUGUCAUGGGCUACGUCUCGCAAGAAAGCCUCAACACGGAGCCCGAUGACGCCUUCAUCCACAUGACGCCCGGCUGCCAGCUGCCUCCGGAAGGCGAGGAGGAGAACGGCGUGGUGGCGGGUGACGGAAAGGGUCAGCAGUACAACACGCCCCAGAAGCUCGUCGGCCUCUGCGGAACAGAUAUCGUGAUUGUCGGGCGGGGUAUCCUCAAGGCGGGUGACCCUCAGUCCGAGGCCGAGAGAUACCGCACGAGGGCGUGGAAGGCUUACCUGUCGCGCGUCGCUCAGAAUUGA